AUGAAAAUAAGCUGUGCCGAAUUGUCGUACCAGUUUGGUGAGAGAUGGCUGCAGAGUAGCUACUACUUUACUAACACUAACCUUGCUAGAAGCGAUGCUGUUGUUGCGGCUGAGGUGGUCGCAGCGGAGAAAGCCACCGCCGAAGUGGCGACACAGACAGACGGACCAUCGUCGUUGGCGAACGCCCUGUUGUUCGUGGCCGAUUCGGGUCAGCACUCGUCCGAGAUGACCGAUGAUGUCAAAAGAACGUCGCACGGUGGCAGGUCGAAGACGAAAGACUUUCACGUACCGUUUUUUCGCCUCCAGCACCAAGACAAUCGCGUUCUACGCAGUUACGAGCAGUUCGUCAGAUUUUUACACCGUGACUGGUCGUCGAAAGGGGCGAAUCGCUUGGACAGCGCUAUUCAGUGCCAGUUGGACGGAGAACAGGACAUUCGACUGCGAAUGGCGGCGGAAAGGAGGCGUCGAGAAGAGGAACAGUUCCGAAACGCGUUGGACGAGUUGCAGAAGGCACUGAUAGACGUCGAGAAUAUAACCGUUGCCAGAUUUGGCCUUGCUGGCAGCAGCAAGGCGGCGCCCACGCCGCAUCCUCCGAACGCCGUUUCCUUAACCUCACCUCGUUCCUUAACGACUGGACCAUCCUUCGAAUCGACGUCCGUCGCAGAUUCGGUGCCUAGCUUCUUCUUCUACGACGACCCGUCGCCUCAGUGGCUGUUCGUCGACGACGAGACCGCGUGCAACGAUCGAAGCUGUACCGCCGCCUCUAGUGAGGUGAGGUACAACCCGAUGCGACUGACCACGUCCCGCUCCGGCGAAAUCGUCCAUCAGCAGCACGGUCUGCCGCCGCCGUUGUCGCACGAACGCCUGACCAGUGUCGGCUACUUCGACGGUCAGUCGCUGGACGACCAGCGGCCGUUUUGUCGGUCGACCACCAACGUGGGCCUCUAUGCUGAUUUGACUCCACCCGCGCCAACCCGUGACUCGCGCAUUACCGCACGUGCCCUCUAUAGCUUUACAGCUCAGUCUCCGAGGGAGUUGAGCUUCGAAGCCGGUGACACUUUCCUCAUUCGACAUUCUAUCGAUAACAACUGGUACGAAGCUGAACUGAACGGACGCAUCGGCAUCGUGCCCUCGAAUUACGUUGAGGGGUUUGCGCUUGGCAUCGACUGCCUCAACAGUUUUCAGUGUUCACUCAAGUCUCUGAUCACUUCUCACAGCUUCUUCUGA